AUGGCUGCGCGUGGUCUUCCGUCCCCUGCGGCGGUGCUACCGUCUCCCGUCGCGAUGAACUCGUCGCUCGGUCCUCAGGGUCGUGGCAGCAACUGCGAGGCCGAGUCUCUCGGCUCGUCCUGCUCCUCAGCGUCCUCUGCAGCAUCCCAGUCGGCCAACGGCAAGUACUACAACCCCGUAGUAAUGGAUAUUAUCCGCGAAGACUGGAUUCAGCAGCAGCUACAGCAGCGUCAAGCCUCGUACACCGAGUUCCGCCCUACACGCGUCGUCACAGGCACUUGGAACGUCAACGCGAAGAAGCCACUGGGUCCCUCUGAAGCAUCCAAGAUCGUCCAUUGGUUGCAUCCUCCAACGACAGAAAGCCGACGAGAACCGCCAGAUAUUGUAGCCUUAGGAUUUCAGGAGAUCGUAGAUCUAAAUGCGGUCAACGUGGUGGUGAAUAGUGCGAUGACGGUGCAACGCAGCUCAGCAUGGGAAGAAGCCAUGCUUACAGCAUUGAAUCGCUAUAUUGGAGCCCCUGCUGGAAGCUCCGACACCUCAGUACAGUACAGAGUGGUGUUAGAGAAGCACCUGGUAGGGAUUCUACUGCUAGUGUUCGUUAGAACCGACCACUGGGACCAUGUGAAGGAGAUCAAGGGAGCGACCGCCGGUGUGGGAAUCAUGGGCGUCAUGGGCAACAAAGGAGGAGCAGCUGUGAGGCUCAAAUUCUAUAGCAGUACACUCUGCUUUGUAUGCGCCCACUUGGCUGCUCACAGAGAAAAUGUAGCUGGGAGGAAUGCUGACUAUCUCAAUAUUAUGAGUAAGAUUCAGUUCGAGGAGAGUGUCGAGGAUGGAACGACUGCACCGGUACAAGACUUGAGUGGCAGGUUUUGGAGUGGUGAACCUUCGAUUCUGAACCAUGACUUUGUAUUCUGGAUCGGCGACUUAAACUAUCGUAUCCAGGAUUCGUUGACCACUGAAGAAGUCUUCCGUCUUGCAGAAAGUGGCCACUCGCUGAAUGAAUUGCAGCAACACGAUCAAUUAACGAACGAGAGACGAGCUGGUAGAGUGUUGAGAGGGUUUGAAGAAGGUCCGCUGGCAUUCCCUCCGACGUACAAGUUCCAGGCUGGUACGUCAGAGUAUGAAAAGCGGCCUGAGAAGAAACUACGUGCUCCGGCAUGGUGCGAUCGUGUGCUGUGGAGAGCAAAGACCCCAACAGAUGUAAAGCUACGUUGCUAUAGCUCAGUCCCGGUGUUGGAUCUGUCCGAUCACAAGCCAGUCCACGCUCUGUUCGACAUUCAAGUGAAAGACCAAGUCGAGUCCAAGAAAAACGACGUCAUCCGGGAGAUCAUGAUGCAGCUGGACAAGUGGGAGAACGAGAAUAUGCCCAAGGUCCGGCUACUCCAGGAGGACAGCAGCACAGCUAGCAGCGGCGUGUUCUCCUUCUCGCAGCUCAUAUAUGGUGUAGAGCAGAAGAAAAAGGUGAUUAUCGAGAACACAGGUCUCGUCGUGGCGCAUUUCCGGUUCAUUCCGAAGCUGGAAGAUGUCGCUGUGUGCAAGUCGUGGCUGAAUGUUGCGCCCAUGUUCGGCAUGAUCCCACCGCGUGAGAAGAUGGAGAUCUGCAUCACAGCUCUCGUUGACGUCAAUGUCGCUCACGGUCUCACUAGCGGAGAGGAAAGUCUCGACGACACGAUGAUCUUACGCGUGGAGAAUGGACGGGACUACUUCUUGGUGGUGUCCGGACAGUACGCAAACUCAUGCUUCGGGAGUUCUCUGGAGCAGCUCGUGUCCUGUUCGGAGCCUAUCCGACACGCCAAGUUCACAGCUGCUCGCUCUCCUGCAGCCUCGGUCUUUAGCGUUUGGGUUGGAGGCGCCACGGUGCCCAAGGAGCUGUGGCGGAUGGUGAACGACAUCUACGAGAACUACAUGCACGAGAAGAAUUUGUUCGUCGAAGCGGGGAGUAAGGCGGAGAUUCUACAGCUCCGAGAAGCGCUGGACACGGGCUCUCCGUUCCCGGAACACAGCGGCUACUCGACCGCAGAAUUGCUCGUGCGGUGGCUUCAAGCGUUACGACAGAGCGUGGUGCCAGACGAAGCCUUGGCCGCCGCGGUUGCAAGUGCGAACGGCAACAUGGCGCAAGGGUGUCGAGCGUUGCUGGAUGGGUUGCCUCCAGUGCGCUACAACGUGGUGGUCUACUUGGUGGCGUUCUUACGAGAAGUCAUCAAACACAACGCCACCAACAAACUGUCACCCGAGAAGCUCGCGUUCGUCUUCGGUCGGUGUCUCGUGUCGCCGUGCAGACGGACCACUGGCAAAGACGCGAACGUGGGGCGUGUCUUGGCGCUCGACGAGCACAAGCAGCCCAACUCGCAGUCGUCUACAACCUCCACCGUGUCAAGUGUGGGCUCCAACCAGUCAGGCAUUCUCAUACCUCCAAAGAGCGGACCGCCCGAAGAACGGCUACGUCGAGAUGCGCACGAGUUCGAGGUCGCCCAAGCAAACGCCGCCCAGCGAGCGGAGAAGAUGGACAAGUUCCUUCUGCACUUCCUGUCCAUGCCAUGA